GACCUCUUCAUGCCCCUUCGGGGACCGUCUUCUGCUGCACUCAGAACGAGGCUCCGCGGAGCGGAGGCUCGCAGAGCAGGCGGAGACCUUCGUGGCGAGGCGCUGCGACGAGCUGCGGGCCGCGCUCGAGCGCGACUUGGCCGCGGCGCUGGAGCGCCAGGAGCUCCAGCUCCGCAAGGUGGUCGUCGGCGCCUUCCGGGGCCACGCCGCCGAGCUCGUGAAGCAGCUGUCUG